GCCGGCGGCGGCGCCAUGUCGGUGAGCGACAUGUUCAUCGCGCUGCAGGGCGUCCUCACGGCCGACCAGGACAUCCGCGAGGAGAUCCGCAGGGAGGUGCAGGCGCUGGAGCAGACGGCGCGGGAGAUCCUCACGCUGCUGCAGGGCGUGCACCAGGGCGCCGGCUUCCAGGCCAUACCAAAGAAAUGUCAGAAGGCCCGUGAACAUUUCGGUACAGUCAGAACCCAGCUGGCAUCUCUGAAGACCAAGUUUCCUGCUGAUCAGUACUACAGGUUUCACGAGCACUGGAGGUUUGUGCUGCAGCGACUGGUGUUUCUGGCAGCGUUUGUUGUCUACUUGGAAACAGAAACAUUAGUGACCCGAGAAGCUGUGGCAGAAAUACUUGGGAUUGAAGCUGACCGAGAGAGAGGCUUUCAUCUGGACAUAGAAGACUAUCUUUCUGGUGUGUUAACUCUUGCCAGUGAGCUGGCCAGGCUGGCAGUGAACAGCGUCACGGCCGGCGACUACUCCCGCCCUCUCCGCAUCUCCACCUUUAUCAACGAGCUGGAUUCCGGCUUCCGUCUCCUCAACCUGAAGAACGACUCCCUGCGGAAGCGCUAUGAUGGCCUCAAGUACGAUGUCAAGAAAAUUGAGGAAGUGGUUUAUGACUUGUCAAUCAGAGGACUCAAUAAGGAGGCAACGGGUGGUGCCGGUGGCGAGAAAUGAGGGAUGCCCGUUUCACUGGCAUCAUUGAUUACCUCAGAUGGUUGCCAAUUCCGGAGGCACAUUAGCAAAGCCCUCCUGCAGUAGUUUAGAAAAACUGCAGCUGAAAGCUGCUCUCUAUUUUCUUACAGAAUGUGUAGUACGGGUGUUAGAUCUCCAAAUGUUUUGUAAAAUCAUGCCUAGGUUAGGGCAGCAAGCUCCCUGUUUCUGGUGAAAUCCCUGUGUCAAAACCCAUCRCUGCUCUGCGCCCAGCAGCAGUGGCUCUCAGCAACUCUCCUCAGCUGAAAUUCUCAUCACUCUGCAGUGCUGCUCUGCUGCUCUGGCAGUGAUGUGGUUCAGCCAUGUCUGCUCACACACCUUUGAGGACGUGUGCAAAUACACAUGAUGUUUUAAGAAACACACUCUGUAAAUACCCAUACAUUCUCAUAAGACACGGAUUCGUUUUUGCCUCUUUUUCUUAAAUUUUCAUAUACUUUAAUAAGUUGAAAGGAAGAAAUUUGCAUAGCUGUUUAUUACUCAGAUCUUCUAAAAUGGUUUCAGUUGAUGCAUCAACUCCCCCUUUUUUGAGAAAUGGGUGAAAAAAAUCCUGAGACUUUUGUCCAUUGGAACUGGCAUAUUGAACCCAGG